AUGUCCGCUUACCCGGUAGCCUACAAUGGUUCCGCAACCGGCACCGGCGGUGACUCGUUGACGGAGGACCUCAACAUCUACUACAAUGCUGGUGAUAUCGCCUGGGUUGUUACCUCGUCGGCUCUCGUCUUGCUCAUGAUUCCUGGUGUUGGUUUCUUCUACUCAGGUCUCGCUCGACGAAAGUCUGCUCUGUCUCUCAUUUGGCUUUCGAUAAUGUCAGUUGGGGUGGUCUCGUUCCAGUGGUUCUUCUGGGGUUACUCUCUCGCUUUCUCCCACACAGCCGGCACAUUUAUUGGUGAUCUCGAAAACAUUGGCAUGAGAAAUGUACUCGCCGCACCUUCAGUGGGAGGAACUCAUGUUCCUGAUAUUCUGUUUGCCAUUUUCCAGGGAAUGUUCGCUGCUAUUACGGUCGCCCUUGCUGUCGGUGCCGUUGCUGAGCGCGGUCGCAUGCUUCCUACCAUCGUCUUCAUGUUCGUCUGGUCCACUAUUAUCUACGACCCUAUCGCCUGUUGGACAUGGAACGCCUCUGGAUGGGUUUACAAGAUGGGCGGUCUCGACUUUGCAGGUGGUACCCCUGUCCACAUUUCCUCGGGCUGUGCUGCUCUCGCUUACUCCCUUAUGCUGGGUAAGCGUCGCGGCCACGGUACCCACGAGCUCAACUACCGCCCUCACAAUGUCACACAUGUCGUCAUCGGCACAGUCUUCCUCUGGGUUGGUUGGUUCGGCUUCAACGCCGGCUCUGCACUCGCAGCCAACCUGCGCGCCGUCAUGGCCGCCGUCGUGACUAACCUUGCUGCCUCGGUCGGUGGUGUCACCUGGUGUCUCCUGGACUACCGUCUUGAGCGCAAGUGGUCCACUGUCGGUUUCUGCUCUGGUGUCAUUGCCGGUCUGGUCGCUAUCACCCCCGGCUCUGGCUUCGUUACUCCCUGGGCUGCUUUCAUCUUCGGUGUUGUUGGUGCUAUUGCCUGCAACUAUGCUACUAAGCUCAAGUUCCUGCUGCACGUUGAUGAUGCUUUGGAUAUCUUCGCUGUUCAUGGUGUUGGUGGUCUGGUCGGAAACCUUCUUACUGGUCUCUUUGCUGCUGACUACAUAGCUCAUCUUGAUGGAAGCACUGAGAUCCCUGGUGGCUGGAUUAACCAGAACUACAUUCAGUUGGGAUACCAGCUAGCUGACUCUAUGUCUGGUGCUGCGUACUCUUUCUUUGGAACUUGUAUCAUUCUCUUCGUUAUGAACCUCAUUCCUGGACUCACUCUUCGUGCUCCUGAGGAAGACGAGAUUAUGGGUAUUGACGAUGCUGAGAUUGGAGAGUUUGCCUACGAUUAUGUUGAGGUCACUCGUGACAUUGUUAAUGGCAUCGAAAGCAGUGAAGCUGGUUCCAAGCGUACCGUGACGCCAACCGGCGAGGAAGCAACUGUUAUUGACACCAAGGCCUAA